AUGAAAAAUCUUACUCUUGAGCAUAAAAAUCGUGACUUUAAUGUGGCACUGCCGAUGUUUGACAGUUUGUGGCUGUCUGAUGAAUUCCAUUUACAUGCCAUGUUUUUGUUUAUGGCCCCAAUGGCAGCAAUACUUGCUUCUUCCAGCUGGUAUUGCUCCAUUGGAGAUGAUCUUAGCUUCUCAGGAACAAUAUCAAACAGUAAUUCCUCAAAAGUAGACAAAAAAAUGUACAGCCUUGUCAAAACUAGAAAAUCACGUAAAUUCCAGGUAAACGUGCAACAGACUGAGUUGCCGGCCCAAGUAGGCAUAAACGGCCGAGCAGGCAAAAUGGUACCAACAACCGAUAUAAGAAAUAUAAAAUCGUCAUCUAGUAGUAACGCACCAAAGACUGUGAAUGGAUCAUCCAAGAAUGUUGCUGGCAUAGGUAUCGUUAAUGGUAAAAGCCUCAUUAAGAGAAAUCCUACCCUGCCUCCUUCUAAAGCUAACGAGCUUCCUCCUUUAGACAUGCCGAAAGUUUUGCCUUCGGAUGAAAGCUUUAGUUGGGCCAAUGAAAAUUAUAACAAUAUUCAGAGGACUAUUGAUGUUUGGUCAUUUGUUCUUACACUUCGUGUGCGUGUUCUCUUGGACAAUGGAAAAUGGGCCUACGUUGGGAGCUUCUCUGAAGAAAAACAGCGAGAGAGAAGGCGGCAAACGGCAUCGUGGUUGAGGGAAACUGUGUUACAGCUGGGACCCACUUUUAUCAAACUUGGCCAACUGUCUUCGACAAGAUCUGAUUUAUUUCCCAAAGAGUUUGUGGAUGAGCUGGCUAAACUGCAGGAUAGAGUGCCUGCAUUUUCGCCGGGCAAAGCAAAGAGCUUUAUCGAGAAGGAAUUGGGUGCUCCUAUGCAUCUGUUGUUCAAGGAGUUUGAGGACCUGCCGAUUGCUGCUGCUAGUCUUGGUCAGGUUCACCGGGCUAUAUUGCAUAAUGGGGAGAAAGUAGUUGUGAAAGUCCAAAGACCGGGGCUAAAGAGGUUAUUCGACAUCGAUCUUAAAAAUUUAAAGCUGAUUGCCGAAUACUUUCAAAGGAGUGAAACUCUAGGGGGGCCAACAAGGGAUUGGAUUGGAAUAUACGAAGAAUGCGCCAAGAUAUUGUAUGAGGAAAUCGAUUACGUGAAUGAAGGGAAGAAUGCAGAUAGAUUCCGUCGUGAUUUCCGAAAUAUAAAGUGGGUCCGAGUACCUGUAAAAAACUUUGAUCAACAUGGUGUUAAGAUAAAUCAGUUAGAUAUGAUAGACGCACGGGGUUACAAUCGUUCAAAUAUUUCAUCACGAGCAAUUGAAGCCUACUUAAUUCAGAUAUUGAAAACGGGCUUCUUUCAUGCCGAUCCUCAUCCUGGAAACCUUGCAAUCGAUUUUGAUGAGGCCCUCAUAUACUAUGAUUUUGGCAUGAUGGGAGACAUUAAGAGCUUUACAAGAGAGAGACUGUUAGAGGUUUUCUACGCCGUUUAUGAGAAAGAUGCCAAAAAGGUUAUGCAAGGUCUCAUUGAUCUUGGAGCACUUCAGCCCACAGGGGACAUGACAUCGGUGAGGAGAUCAGUGCAGUUUUUCUUGGAUAAUUUGCUAAAUCAAAGACCCGACCAGCAGCAGACUUUGUCUGCAAUUGGUGAGGAUUUAUUUGCAAUAGCGACAGAUCAGCCAUUUCGUUUUCCUUCCACUUUCACAUUCGUGCUUAGAGCAUUUUCAACACUUGAAGGCAUUGGCUAUACUCUGGACCCAAAGUUUUCAUUCCCUAAGAUUGCUGCACCAUAUGCUCAGGAACUCUUAGAUUUAAGACAGCAACGGCCGAGCGGGACACAACUCGUUCAAACGUUAAGAAAACAAGCUGACGAUGCAAGAUCAUCAACUAUAUCCAUGCCUUAUCGGGUCCAGAGAAUAGAAGACAUCAUGAAACAACUCGAGUCCGGUGAUUUAAAGCUGCGUGUUCGAGUUCUUGAGUCGGAAAGAGCAGCUCGAAAAGCAACCAUACUACAAAUGGCAACCAUUUAUACGGUUUUUGGUGGUACCCUUUUAAAUCUUGGCGUGACGUUUAGCAACCAAGGCAAUCAAGUUAUUGGGAAUGGUUCUUUUGUUGCUGCAGGGGUUUUCCUCACUCUAUUUGCAAGAUCCAUGCAGAGGGUGAAAAACAUUGAUAAAUUUGAGAAGAUGAUAUGAUUGUGUAAGUUGUAAAACUGUUUAGCGUGUAUAGGUUUUUUUCUCCCUUAUUCCAUUUAUAUUAUGCAGAAUGGAAUAAAGGAAAAGAAAAAUGAGAGAAAAUUUCAUAAAUGUGAGAAAGAUAAGGUGUAUAUGUGUUUUACCCUCUGUAAUAAUUUAAAACUAUGGAGGUUAGAUGAUUGUGUACUAUAUGUAGAAAUUUGAAUAUUCAAUUCUUUAAAGAAAAAAUAUGAUACAAAAAGGUGUGUUAAUCCUUCAUGUUUAUGGCAAAAGUCCAAAAAGGAUUGCAGAAAUUGGAAAUGCCAAUCUCUAUUCUUUUGUUCAACAUCUUAUUAAAGUAUCUCUAUUAUUU